AUUGCUAGAUGCACUAUAAGUCUAUUAUCCAUCCUUUUCUUUUCUUUUCUCUUCUCAUUUUCUUUUUUAAAUUUUGCCUUCCUGUUUGCCACCUGAUCUUGUGUGCAGACAAGAGUCAAGGCCAAGUGUGUCCAUGAGAAAUGACAGUCAGCUUUGCUGUCGACACGAGCAAACAGGUCUCCAUGCCAACUAUCAUCCCUAUUCCAUAUUAAGACACGUUUCGGUCAAGCUUAAUUAACGCCAUUGAGCUCUUAUCUCCCUUUACUGUCAUAUAAAUACCAUCACCCCCCUUUCAGACAAUGUGCUUAUCAAUCACUUUCCUCAUUCUUUUUUUCUUUUUACUUUCCUUUGGUUUCUCUGUUGGAACAAUGUCAACAUCACUCAUGGGUGGGUUUGGGGAGCGAAAACAAAUUAAGAAGCCUGCACAAGCAAGCUCGAGAAAAGGGUGCAUGAGAGGGAAGGGAGGUCCAGAGAAUGCUCUCUGCACUUACAAAGGUGUCAGGCAGAGAACUUGGGGUAAAUGGGUGGCUGAAAUCCGCGAACCCAACCGUGGCGCUCGUCUUUGGCUCGGAACUUUCGAUACCUCUCGUGAAGCUGCAAUGGCUUAUGAUGCUGCCGCCCGUAAACUCUACGGCACCGAAGCCAAACUCAACUUGCCAGAAUUGUGUCCCAGCCCCCGGUAUCCACCACCUUCAACCAAUACUCAGGUACCUGCCAUAGGGAGUCAACCUCAGAACCUGAAUAAUCCAGGUACGGGUUCAUCAGAUAUUCCAAUUAUCAUCAGAUUCAACGAUGUACAACCCGUGUACAAUAACGACUCGGUCAUGUCUUUCCCCACAAGAACCUUGAUUCUCAAGAAAACCUGGUGGAGAGCAAUGAAAAUUGGGGCAAAUGAAGAUGGAAUUGAUAGGUUCUGGGAAAAUAUGAGCGUGAACUUGCCUUUUUUAGAUGAAUCGAUUUGGGCUGAAGCUGCUAUCUCUCCCAGUGAUGGAUGAUCCUGGCAGUUUUGCUGGCAACCUUGUGGAUGCAACUGGCUGGGAUGUCUUGGAAUCCCCAUGGUGCAUGUAAACCAAAGCGAGAUGUUACCAUUCGUGGAAACGUGAAACAACACAUAC